GUAACCAUGACAACGGUCCAUCUCUCCCCGCUCCCCUCUCGCGCGCCCGUGCACAGACACCGCGGCCUCUCAAUCACAACAGAAUGGAGCGCGAGCGUGACGCCACGGAUGCACGAGCCGCGCGCAGACCAAUUGCGUGUGAGCAGCUGGACGCCGCUGUCCGUGAAACCGCCAACCUUCUAACCGGAGCGGUGAGGAGCUUCAGCAGAAACACACCGAGAGAGAAACUGAACGAGUUCCUCUGAGAGCAGCUCUCUUUCCUGAACCCUUUUAACGGCGCUUUACCGCAUGAGAUCUUCAUCAUCUUCACACUUCUUCACCUGAGGCAGGACAGAUGGAGGCUCGGACCGACUCCUGGUGAUUCAUCCUCAUGCCGCAGCUAUGAGUAACACGCACCCCAACACCUCUACUUUAAUCCCGGAUGUGCAGGAGGUGAGGAACGACAGCGUGGAUCUGCUGCCCCUCAAUCCCUGGGAUGUGGUACUGUGUGUGAUGGGAACCCUGGUGUGCUGUGAGAAUGCCUUGGUGCUCGCUCUGAUCGCUCACACUCCCUCCCUGCGAGCGCCGACGUUUGCGCUUGUGGCCAGCUUGGCGUUUGCUGACCUGCUGGCUGGUCUGAGUUUGAUCCUCAACUUUAUCGUCAUCUACAUGACGGACACUGACUUUGUGAUGUUGCUGUCAGCUGGCCUGCUUAUCACUGCCUUCUCAGCCUCGGUGCUGAAUGUUCUGGCCAUCACAGUGGACCGUUACCUGUCUCUGUAUAGCGCUCUUACAUACCACACAGAGCGUGCUGUCACCUUCACCUACGUGGUAAUGAUGCUAGUUUGGUCUACCAGUGCUGCCCUCGGUGCGUUGCCCGUGCUUGGCUGGAACUGUCUGCGUGAUGAAGCGACAUGCAGCAUCUGUCGUCCGGUGCACAAGAGCAACGCGGCCGCGCUCGCUGUCUCCUUCCUCCUCGUCUUCGCCCUCAUUCUUCAGCUGUACCUACAGAUCUGUAAAAUUGCUGUGCGUCACGCGCAGCAGAUUGCCGUACAGCGGCACUUCAGGGCCGCCUCACAUGCAGCUUCUGCAGCCAAAGGCAUCUCCACGCUGUCAGGUAUCCUGGGCACGUUUGCGCUCUGCUGGGUUCCACUUGCCUUGUACUCACUGGUGGCUGAUACAUAUUACCCAGCAGCCUACACUUACGCCACUGCUUUUCCAGCUAUCUGCAGUUCCAUCAUAAACCCCAUCAUCUACGCCUUCAGAAACCCGGACAUCCAGAGGUCACUGAGGCUCAUUUGUUGUGGAUGUUCACCGUAUGGCUUUACAAUGCGACCACGGACACCUAGUGAUGUGUAACAAUUUUCUAAAUGCAAAAAUCAUCUUAAAAAAUAUCUGUCUAUAGCUUCUGUGGCAUGUGUGAUUACCAGAAACAAGGAUUUCAACAGAUUUCCUGAAAAAGGAAAAACCUGAAGCUUCCAUAUAAAGGAAGCUCUCCACAGUUUCUGGUGAAUACAACAAACAUUUCUGUAUUUUGGUUGAAUUCCUCAGCCGAAGCACUGAUCUGUUCUUUCAGAGGGAAGAAUAAGUGCCUCUGUGUAGUGUGGGUCUGGUCAUGCACAGAUAUGACAAAUGCUUAGGUUAUUACUGUAUUGUUUGUUCAGGAAGAAGUUCAGGAAAAUCCCAUGGCUUUGAUUCGCCAUGAAGUUGGCGUAGAGAUUUUCUCCUCUUCCCUCAGUGGUGCAGGUGAAACUCCAGUCGUUGGUAAUCGCACAGACACACAGACGCUACAGCCGACAGACAGAAGAAGUUUGACUUUAACAUGCAGAGAGUGUCGUGUUCAUGUGUAUGGAAGUUGUGUGUUGUGCGUGUAAUGAUCUUUAAAUCAUGGUCUGCUAGUUCACAUUAGUGUGGUUAAUGUCUUUAAUCAAAAUCUCAUAGUUUGAGUUUAUAUAUGAAAGAAAUGAUGCUGACACCCAUUUAAUCAACACUUGUCUAAACACCAAACUCAAAUGUAGCAUGAAUCCUUUGUGGUCAGUCAUCUUUAAGCACUGUGAAAUGCCUACAGGCUUCCAGACUAUCACUAGAACGGAUGGACAGCAGAGAACAUCAAUGUUCACUGCAUCCCUGGCAAUAUCUUUAGAAAUUGGCUUAUUCACUUGAAACUCAGGUUGAGAGACAGUCGUGAGGUUGAAAUGCUGCCAGUUCUUGAUGGCACCUGCUUUAGGUGUUUAUAGAGCACAGCUUGGUCAUUUUUCUGCCGAACCUGAUCAGGAAAUAUCAACAGAGAAAUCCUCAAACUGUGCUAAGUCAUUGUUAAAACCAAACAACUGUGGAGUCAGUAACUGCUUACAAGGCAGAGACAAUCACCAAAACCUGAACUCUGAAGGCCAAAUAUAUUUACCUGGUGAUAACUAAAUAAAUAAAAUAUUUGUUCCAUGUCAACUGAGCUGAAGCAAAUCUGAUCAAUUUUAUUUAUUUCACAAAAGCUUCUGUGUUAAUUGUCACAGAACGUGAGAGCAGGUGAGAUGGAGGGAAGGGGUGUAGCUUCCAGACUGGAUCAUCAUGCUGAUCCUCUGGAGUGUUUAUGAGUAAAAAUCAUAUACGUGUAAUCCUCAUGGAUGUUUAAUAUCACACAUGCCUCGUCUACAGCACUGAUUUUUUAUUCCA